CUAGCCUCCAGAUGUCCUCUCCCUCCCCUCCCAUAGUGGAGAGGUGCUUUCUACGCACACACACACACCACCCAUCGUGGCUGUGUUUAUCUCUCCCUCCGGGGAGGAUUAGUGCUCCUCAUCAGUGCCUGCCGCCGCCCUCGUCGGCCUCCUGCCACCUCAUUGGCUGCUGCUCUCAGGACCACCGCUGACUGGAGAUCACUGUGACGACCAGGAAGGGGGCGUUCUGUUAUUGCCGUGGUGGUGGGGAGGCGACCACUCACCAAAUCACCGACCAGCUGGGACCCCCAAAACAUUGAGGAAAAAAAGGAUUGAAGGAAAUAGAAAAAUUAUAAUAAGGGAUUAACUGUCGGCUUCAACGGAGCAAUCAGGGAGUUUGUUGAAAACGGCACCAAAAAACACCCAGAUUCUCUCUCUCUCUAUCUCUCUCUGUGUGUGCUAAGUUGCUGGUCGAAGUGGACAGCUGUUCCAAAACAAGGGAAGGAGGAAUGGAGGAAAAAAACAGUGAAAUAAAAAACAGCCCUUGGGUAAAAGACUCAUUCUACAUCUUGUUUUCUAAAGCCACCAUAAUAUAAUGAGAGAGAGGUGCAUCGCUGAACGAGUGCAGCAUGCUUCAGCACUGAGGCAGAACGAAGGAAGGAGCGGCGUGUGAGAGAGACGGUGACAGCCUGUGAUAGAGGGAUGAGGGAGGAGUGCAAGGGAGAGGGAGCGAGAGAGCAGAACUGGAAGGUCAUUACCACUAGGCGAGACAGAAAUUAACAGGGAUCUGUCACUCUUUGACACCUACUCUCUUAAAGGCUACCUUCAACACAAAUCAACAAAAGAGCUGAAUCCUGCUGCAUUCGCAUAUAGGAAACCCCUCCACAGAACCUGACUCAACCAGCCAAUGCAUUCCCAGAGGAAUGUCCAUUGUGAAGAGGACACUCCUACCUUGUUCCUAUCCUUCUAAAUGUACCUAACCAAAGAACUUGGUCACUUGUUAUGACUGUCUGACCACAACAUCCUCCUUUGACUGCGGCCCAAACCAGGAAUUGGCCUCUGUCUACAGAAAGGAAGAAGGGAAUAUCUUUGACCAGCCGCUGCUAAGAGGAAUAGCCUCAUCUGUUGUUUACGAGAACACACACUGGAUUGGUGAAUGUGUCUCAAACCAAGACGGACUAGGUGUACUAAAGAGGCAUCCCUAUUCCCUAGAAUCCCUACACUGUACUACAAACAGGAAUAUCUGUAUCGGUUGACGUAAACACAUACUGGAGGGGUAGGCUGAGGCAAUUGGAGAGCUGACAGACAGAUUGACCGCCAGACAGGCGGCAUUUGAUCUCAACAUGGGAGAGACAGCCGAGUACCAGCGACUGUCCAGCGAUGACGAGGAGAAGCUAGGCAGUAAUAUGCAGUCGGAGGAGGGCACAGAAUGGCUCCUGGAGCUGCUGAUGGAGGUGCAGCUGCAGCAGUACUUCCUGCGUAUCCGCGACGACCUCAACGUGACGCGACUCUCCCACUUCGACUACGUCAAGAACGAGGACCUGGAGAAGGUCGGCAUGGGGCGACCCGGCCAGAGACGGCUGUGGGAGGCGGUCAAGAGGAGGAAAGCUAUGUGCAAGCGGAAGUCCUGGAUGAGCAAGGUGUUCAGUGGGAAGCGUCCGGAUGGCGGGGACUUCCAGCAGGCGGCGCCCACCUCCUCCUUCCGCAAGCUGUCCCCCACGCCACCCCCAGCUGUUGAGGGGGGUCCUCAGUCCCUGUCCCAGCCCCCCCAGCACCAGGCCCUCACCUGUCUGAUCAGCGAGAAGGACCUUGCUCUCUUCGAGAAGCUCGGCGACGGCUCCUUCGGGGUGGUCAAGAGGGGCGAGUGGUUCACGCCCGCCGGGAAAGUGUUGACUGUAGCGGUCAAGUGUCUGAAGACAGACAUGCUGAGCCAGCCGGAGGCGUUGGACGACUUCAUCUGCGAGGUCAAUGCCAUGCACUCCCUGGACCACCAGAACCUCAUCAGGCUGUAUGGAGUGGUGCUCACACAACCCAUGAAGAUGGUGACCGAACUAGCCCCGCUUGGCUCCCUCCUGGAGCGCCUGUGCUGCGUUCGGCCACAGGGCCCCAUCCUCAUCCACAUGCUGUGCCAGUACGCCGUGCAGGUGGCGUGUGGCAUGGCCUACCUAGAGCAGCGGCGCUUCAUCCACCGUGACCUGGCCGCCCGCAACAUCCUGCUGGCGUCGGCCCAGAGGGUAAAGAUUGGCGACUUCGGUCUGAUGCGGGCGCUGCCCAACAACCACGAACACUACGUCAUGCAGGAGCACCGCAAGGUGCCGUUCGCAUGGUGUGCCCCGGAGAGCCUGAAGGCGCGGACAUUCUCCCACGCCACAGACACCUGGAUGUUCGGGGUGACGCUGUGGGAGAUGUAUACCCACGGACAGGAGCCCUGGCUGGGCCUCAAUGGCAGCCAGAUCUUACACAAGAUUGACAAGGAGGGUGAGCGUCUACCCAAGCCAGAGGACUGUCCCCAGGACAUCUACAACGUCAUGCUGCAGUGCUGGGCCCAGAAACCUGAUGACAGGCCCACCUUUGUCGCCCUCAGGGAGUUCCUGCUCGAGACCAUGCCAACAGACAUGUGCGCGCUGCAGGACUUUGAAGAGUCCGACAAGCUUCAGAUUCAGGUCAAUGACGUGAUCACCAUCAUCGAGGGCAGAGCGGAGAACUACUGGUGGCGGGGCCAGAACAAGCGCACGCUGAAGUUGGGCCAGUUCCCCAGGAACGUGGUGACCUCGGUUGCAGGCCUGUCGGCCCAUGACAUCAGCAGACCCCUCAAACACAGCUUCAUCCACACAGGCCAUGGAGACACAGACCCACACCGCUGCUGGGGCUUCCCGGACCGCAUCGACGAUCUGUACCUAGGGAACCCCAUGGACCCACCAGAUGUCUUGGGGUUGGACCUCAAUGCUUCCCGGCCUACUCAGCUACCAGGACGAGCAAAAAAGGAGGCACCUACUCGUCCCCCCCAGCCAUUGGUGCUUGUCAAGAAGCCGUGCUAUGACUCGGUGACUGAGGACGAGGAGCUGCCCGCCUCAGGCCUCAAGGGGCUGUCGCUACUGAAAGCGGGCUCCAUCAAAGGCCUCAAGCUGAAACCCGCCACAUGUGUCUCCGCCUCAAAACAGGGGGGCCGUACUAUGGGAUCAGGCCACACCCCCAGUGAUGUGUCACUCAUCGACUUUGGAGAGGAGGUUCCACCGGCCGCAUCCUCCCCCUCCCCAGUGGUGGAGCUCCAGGUGCCCUCGUUGGCCAAGCUGGCCCUGGACGCAGAGUUUAUUCUGGAUCGUACUCCUACCCAGAGCCCAUGGCGCUCGCUGCCCCGCCCCUUACACCCCACGCCAGUGGUGGACUGGGAUGCCCGGCCCUUACCUCCACCUCCUGCGUACGAUGACGUGGCGCAGGACGAGGAGGACAUGGAGGUGAGCUCCAUCAACUGCCUGAAUCAGCAGCAGGGGGGGAUGGGUGAGAGCCACAGCCCCACAGAGACCUUGCCGGCUGGUGAGGAGAAGGCCAUGGCCAGUGCAGCCGACAAACCCCUGGAGGACAACCUUUUCCUGCCCUCUAAGCAGGGCCUGGCCUCCACAUCCUUCUCUCAGUCAGCUGAGAUCUUUCAGGAGCUCCAGCAGGAGUGCAUGAGGAGGCUCAAUGUGCCCACGGGAGGAGGUCCCCAGCCCCCCUUGCUGUCCCCAAUCUCCGGCCUCCAGUCAAUGGACGUCCACCGCCAGAUCAUCUUGUUCUUCUCUGAGGACAAGCCCCAGAUCCCUCCACGCGUACCCAUCCCGCCUCGCCCUGUCAAACGGGGGGACUACACCCGCUGGUCCGGUGACCUCUCCCUGUCCCUGACUCCAGCUUCUGAGGAAGUUCAGGACCGCCCCCCUCAGAUCCCCCCGCGGGACCCCCUGUCACAGCCGGGCUCGCGCACCCCCAGUCCCAUGGGCCAACAGGUGGGCUCCCCCCAGCAAAGGACAAUGGUUUUCCCCAGUGCCCCUCCUCCGCCCACAUACGGAUCCUACCUCUCCACGUCCCCGGGGAAACUCAUGCCCACCACACAUAGCUUUGCCUUGGACCCCAAAUAUGCCGCACCCAAGGUCAUCCAAGCACAAGCCCAGGGUAAGGACCUGGCCAAGGGGCCCUGCAUCCUGCCCAUCGUCCGCGACGGCCGCAAAAUCAGCAACACGCACUACUACCUCCUGCCUGAGAGGCCGCCUUACCUGGACCGCUACGACCGCUUCUUCAGGGAAGUGGAAAAUGUGCCGACUGGUGGCAGCAGUGGGAUAUGCGAGGAGAGGCGGCAGGCCAACACGGCCACGGUCAGGCCCAUGAUGGUCAACCAGCAGCCGCAGAACCAGGGGGGAGACCUCAAGCCCAACUUUUCCUCCAACAACAACACUAGCCUGGGCUUUCGGCUGGGCAUGAAGUCCUCCCUCAGCCUGUCCAGGGUCAGCUCUGAUGGGUCAGCCGGCAGGGCAGAGGGGGGAACCACAGCAGAUGGGGUCAAGAUGGUGCAGGAGGCGGUCCAUGGCGUGACUAUAGAGGAGUGUCAGACAGCCCUCCAGAACCACAACUGGAACGUGCAGAAAGCUGUGCACUACCUCAAGGUUGAGCAGCUUUUCUGUCUUGGCCUGAAGACCAGGACGGAGUGUCUCAAGGUGCUGGAGUAUUAUGACUGGAACCUGGAGGUGGCCAGCACUCAGCUCCUGGACUCCUACGGCUCCUUCCGGCAAAGGCGGUGACCGAUGUCACAAGGAGCAACGGCUGAGUCCGUUCAGAACUCAUUUCAUUCAUCAGCGGUCUUUGAAGGGGCGGAGUCUGCUACCGUCUCUCCGUUACGAUUUGCCAGAUGCAUCCAAUAUGCAGUCCACACUGAGGACCUGGAAGCUAACCCGCACUAACACCGAAUAGGAGCGGAAGUCUGCUUAGAACGCAAGGAGUGGAACCAUACUCUUGAAGGGACCAUGUUGUCUGCUGGUCCCUUACCUAAAGCUCAGCACUGAAGGAAAAAUGUCCUCUUUCGGUGCUGGUCUAUACCCAAUUCAGUUAUAUCACUGCCACAAUAGACCAACUUAGAUUACCCCUUUGUGUUAUUACUAACUUAUAUGAAUCAGGGUCAUAUUGCAUCCCUUUGAAAAUCAACAGAAACGGCAGUACCAUAGUAAAAGAGUAGACCUCUCCUCUGCCAAAGCACUCCCCUACACCCCUACUGUAUGUGUGCUGUGUUAGGCGGCAGCGUAGCCUAGUGGUUAGAGUGUUGGACUAGUAACCGGAAGGUUGCAAGUUCAAACCCCCGAGCUGACAAGGUACAAAUCUGUCGUUCUGCCCCUGAACAGGCAGUUAACCCACUGUUCCUAGGCCAUCAUUGACAAUAAGAAUUUGUUCUUAACUGACUUGCCUAGUUAAAUAAAAUAAAGGUAGGCCCCUCAGUUUGGAUAGGGACUUUGUUUUCGGGUUGUCAGCAUCUUUCUGCUGCAAUGCCCGCCUUCCCAGGCCUCCCAAGGUGCUCUACUGCGUUUCAGCAGAGGUCAAAGUUCAAAAAGCCCACCUGGAAGGAGAGAACGAACAUUAAAGAGAACUAAACAAUAUGCAUCUGGUCCACGUUUAAGUGGACUCCUUUUAUGUUCUGUUCUACAGAGUUCUAUUUGAUUUAUAUUAAGGAGAGGAAUUACUUUUUUAUGCACACAUACAGUAUAUUAUAUAUAAGAAGAGUUCAGAUGUUUUGAGUUUAUAUAUUUGCAGCGAAUAUGUGCUGAAAUGUGGUGUUUUUUCUUUUUAGUUCUCUGUUCUUUCAUAUAUUUUGCUUUUGAACCGGUUGUUUGAAAAGGACAUAUUGAAAAUGUUCAACUCUCUUGAGAUGUUUUAUUUUCAUUUGAUCAGUUAAGCCGUUUAUGUUAGAAUGUGCUCCCCCUGAAUUGAGUUCACUUGUGGCUCUAAGUACUAUUAAUUUGAUCCACUCCAAAUGUCCAUUUAAUCGUUCCCUACUGGUGAACAGAACGAUUUGACACCUGACUCUUUUUUUGUGCUCCCUCACUAUCUACUCUUAAGUACUUUUCCCACACAAAACUACUGUUGAAAAUGGCCCGCUGGCUUGCUUAUUUUCAAAGCACAUCGAUACUUAAAUAAUUAAUUAAGAACGUUGCCAGUGCUCCAGGACAAAGAUUUCCCGAGCAGAGACAAUACCCCUAGUAACUAGUCUUUACCUCAAGUAUUAGGAGCUAAAACCUUUAGUCAGCACCCAUAGGUUGCAGAGAAUUUUGAGGGGAAGAAAUGUCAGUACUGGCCCUAGUUGGUUACUCACAUCAAGCACAUGCAAGAUCCAAAAUGUCACAAUACUGGAUUAGACUCGGCCAAUAAAGUAUGCAGACCUCUCAAAACCUAGAACAAACUGUAAUGUAAAAUGUGAGUGUCUGUUUUCGAUGUAUUUUCUAUACUGUGCUAUCCUCUAUAUUCAUCAUAGACCAGUGGAGCAGAGAUUCUGUAAUGGUUGCACGCAACCUGCUGUUUUCCGUGUGUUAUGAUUCAAAUUGUGUUUUUGAACAUUAAGAUUUUAUAGUUGAUUCCAAUAUGUAAAUAAGUCUUACUGAGAAGGCCUGCAAACUAAACUCAAAUCAGUUAAAAUUCCAGCACAGACCAACGCGGUUAAACUGGCAGACUACAAGUAGACCGCUCCUACCAGUGUAGCGGGCUUGCAGGCUGGUCUUUCCCCAGUCUUUCUGUAGUCACUGUACCAAUUUGGAUGUUUGACUGGGUUUGUGCCUGUCUCUGUGUGUGAAACAGACUCUCUAGACAUUCUCCAGUGUCUGUUUGUGAACACAGUGUACUGUCUCAUAAACACUUUGCUCGUGUUACAAACUCAAACUUUGUCUCCUUGCCCUGUUCUUUCAGUCGUUUGCCCUCGCAGAUAAGGUCUGGAUGUGUUAAAUCAAUUUGACAGUACGCCCCAUAGCCUAUUGCAGGAUUUAACCUGUAGUGACGCCCAGCCCGUGAACGGGACCGUUAUCAUCAUCUGACACGAAUUAGCAUAAUGCAACGGACAUAAAUCUUCCUAGAAAAUCUUCCUAUUCAUGAAAAUCACAAGUGAAAUAUAUUGGAACACAGCUUAGCCUUUUGUUAAUCACCCUGUCAUCUUAGAUUUUCAAAAUAUGCUUUACAGCCAACGCUAGACAAGCAUUUGUGUAAGUUUAUCAUAGCCUAGCAUAGCAUUAUGCCUUGCUAGCAGCAGGCAAACUUGUCACGGAAAUCAGAAAAGCAAUCAAAUUAAAUCCUUUACCUUUGAUGAACUUCAGAUGUUUUCACUCACGAGACUCCCAGGUAGACAGCCAAAGUUCAUUUUUCCCAAAAUAUAAUUUUUGUAGGAGAAAUAGCUCCGUUUGUUCUUCACAUUUGGCUGAGAAAUCACCCGGAAAUUGCGGUCACCACAACGCCCGAAAAAUAUUCCAAAUUAGCUCCAUAAUAUCGACAGAAACAUGGCAAACGUUGUUUAGAAUCCAUCCUCAAGGUGUUUUUCUAAUAUCUAUUCGAUAAUAUAUCCGUCGUGGCAAUUCCUUUUUCUCUAGGACCGAUUGGAGUAAUGGCUACCUCUGCACUUUACGUGAGAAUCUCUCUCGGAGCCACCAUGUGACCACUUACGCAAUGUGCCCCCAUACGGCUAUUCUUCAACAGAAAUGCGUAAAACUACGUAGAAAGCGUAAGCUCGUUGAUGGUACAUUCACAGAUAUAGGGAGUCAUUGGAACGCAGCGCUUUCAAAACCUGGGGCACUUCCGGAUUGGAUUUUUCUCAGGCUUUCGCCUGCAACAUCAGUUCUGUUAUACUCCGUUUAAAACGGGAACGUUUUUUUUUUUCUUUCAAAAAUGAAAAUACUGCCCCUAACACCAAGAGGUUAUUAAUAGAGUGAGGCGAUCUGUCUUACCUAUCCUCCCGUAAAGAUUUAUGCAAGCCAAUCCUCAAAGGGCUGCGGUAAAGGGUACACGUUUUUGGUUUGGAACACAGCCAUUGUAGAACUUUCUGAAUGCAAUAAUAAUUAUCCUCUUCCAAACAGUCAAGGCCAGCUGUGACAAAAAGAGAAUGCUUCCAUUGCUGUGAACUCCUUGAUAUACAUCAAAAUCCAUGUUGUAAUUCCAUGUCCCCAUGUCUUACACCGUUGAUAUAUUUGAUACCAAGCUGCUGUAGUUGUAGAAGGACUGAAGCGACCUUGUGGUAUUAUUACCCAAAUUAAUGUUCUCCUGUUCAUGUUUUUUUCAAUGUUUUAUGGUUGUAUUACCUUUUUGUUGGUUUGUUAGUUCAAUCCGACGUACCUGUACCAAUGUACUUUCCCAGAAAGUGUUUUAUUUUCACAUGGCUGUACAGUAGAUUUUCCCCCUGGGUGUUCGGAAUUGUGCAAGAGGGCAAAUGCAAGUUAAUGCUGACGAUGUAUACAUUUAUUUUUUAUUAAAGAAUUAACUUUUUUUUUUAUA